AUGACAGCCAGAGCGGAAAUUAAGCCUGAGGAGGCAUCGGUGGAAAGGGCAAUUGGGUUUCUCUACGAGGGUGAGUGGUAUUGCAGUGUAAAGAGAUGGUGGUGGGAAAAGAGUGAAAAGCAACAAUCUUUAGUUCAAAAGAGAAUGGAGAAGAAAAUUAUGGGUUUUGCUGUAUUGGCCUUUGGGUUGAUGUUUUUGGUCCUAAAUGCAAGUGGAAGACCUUCGGAUGAUAUAUCAUGUAAGGAUGCUGUAACGGCUUUGUUGCCGUGCCAGUCGUUUUUGGUGGGUUCUGGCCCAACGACGCCUACUGCUGCUUGCUGCGUAGGUGCACAGAGUGUACUAAAACAAGCUGCUACCAGUGAAGUACGCAGGGCUCUGUGUGAGUGUUUCAAAAAGGUUGGAAAAGAUAUGGGUGUUAAGCCUGAGAGAGCUAAACAGAUCCCCGAUCUCUGCAAGAUCAACGUUCCUGUAAACAUUGACCCCAAUGUGGACUGCAGCAAGUAA